UUCUCUUUAAGAUAAUAUUGAAUAAUAAUUAUGGACCAAGAGAGCAAACCAGAGAUUGAUCAGAAAGAAAGGAACAGGAAAAUUAUGUACUUCGUGCUAGGUAUCGCCCACCCGGUUAUUUAUACACUCCGCAACCGUACUUUCCUCUACGAUCCGGCUUUUAGGUCGUUCUUUUUAAAGGAAAUCGGGAUGCGAUCAGUACUCUGCAUUGGAGUAGCUCAAGGGUUCAAGUAUGGAUAUGAAUGGUACCUCCUCAGUCAAUUCGAGAAACAACAAGCGAUUGAGAACUUGCCACAAAACCAGAUAAAGAAAAGUGUUGAGAAAGGAGAAGCCACAAAACUGAAGAAUGAUGAUCCCCUGAACUAUAUUCUUUCAGGAAGGAUAAGAGAGUAAUUUCAAUAUGGCAGAUAAAUCCA